UUUCUAAGGGGUGGAGCUCCUGACUUCUCCACGCGUGCAGCUCAUUCCUCAUCCUCCCUGCUGACGUCUGACUUCCGCAUUCCUCGAUCUUCCCGAUCAGGGAUCCGCGCUCGAGACACGAGCUGAUGCAACGAUUCCCGCUCUUCAAGAUCUACUCGCGACCUCAGGCUGACGUCAGAAAGGGACUCCAUCCGCUCGCCUCGCGACCAAAGUCAGCUGUGGUGACGGGUGUUUAUGACAUGAUGCCCGGACAGAUUCCUGACCCUUCGGUGACGGCCGGCUCGCUGCCAAGCCUCGGCCCUUUAGCGGGCAUCUCUGCCACCACACUAACUGACCCGCUGAAAUAUGCUGACCUCUGUAACCUCGGCGCUUUACUCUCACCAUUACAUCUACUAGGAAAACUGGGCAAACGGACGCUGCCCAUUAAAACUGAGAGAGAUGAAGAGGACGAACGCAGGAAAAGAAGACGAGAGAAAAACAAAGUAGCAGCUGCAAGAUGUCGAAACAAAAAGAAAGAGAGAACCGAGUAUUUACAAAGGGAAUCGGAGCGUCUGGAAAUGAUGAACUCAGAGCUCAAAGCACAAAUCGAAGAGCUGAAACAUGAACGGCAGCAACUUAUCCUCAUGCUCAACCGUCAUCGACCCACCUGCAUCGUGAGAACAGACAGCGUCAAGACCCCUGAGAAGGAGAACAACUCUAUUCUGGAGCAGCUAGACACCAAAUGAGAAACAUCCACAAACAAACAAACAAAUAAACACGUCUUCAUGUUUACAGGUGAGCUGCUCAGAUAGCUCAAGCACUUGGCUCCAAGCACUUGGACGUUUUAAGGAAGAGAAAGCCAAUCUUCUUGAGAUUGGAAACGCAACUCGUGGCCCCGUGUCAGCGGUUACAAAACUUAUGUAGGAUUGUUUUUCACGUGUGGUCAUAAAGUGCCUUAUUGGUUUUGAGUUCAUUUAGUUGAAUAAGCACUCGGUAGGGCUGAAUUGUAUUUGAUAAAAACACACAGCCAUGGACAUGUUGAUAACUGGAUGACACUACAUGGUUUCAUCAUUAUUGUUUUUAUUUCUGACGCAGGCGUCGUAUAUGCACAUAUGUUUGAACUGUUUACAUCUUGCCAAUUUAUUAUAGUUAUCUACUAUAUAUAUAUGUAUGUAUGUAUGUAUGUAUGUUUUAUACUUCCUUGUACAUUACAUGGACUUAUCACUAGAUGUGAUACAUUUUAUGCAACGAUUUCAUAACCUGUAUUUCUGUGACUUACUCGGUUUAUUGUACGGUUGUGAAAACCGCAAACAUUUAUUAAACAAGUA